AUGCCGCCAGGUUUUUCGGCCGCCGUAGGGCAGCUGGAAACAUUUGUCCUGCCUGAAAGACUGUCGGGGUCGCUCUCUGACAGGGCCAUGGCCAAGGCCAUGGUGAGAGCCUGGAGACGGCAUGGUAUUCUGCAAAUUGCCAUGUCGCCGUCACAACAACAAAUAUAUGCCCAAGCCAAUGCCGCCAGUAGAGACUUUUUCAAGGCAAAACCGCCGCAGAAGCAAGCCUGUGUGAACGACUGUAGUUAUGCGGGCUAUAUUGCCUCUGGAGAAGAAAUUACUGCGGGCAUUGCCGACUAUUCGGAGAUUUUCACCGUAACAAAGGACCUACACCCAAAGGACCCCAGAGUUUUGGAGAAGUGGCCAUGUCAUGGCUCAUGUCCCUGGUUGGACAAGCGUAUGAAGAGCCCUAUGCUCAACUACAUGGCAGACAUGGGGUCCAGCGGCGACAAGGUCCUCCGGCUAAUCGAGCUGGGGCUUGAUGUGCCGCAGGGAUCCUUGACCAAGUACACCCAGGACGGGUGGCACCACAUGCGAGUUCUCAGGUACGUAGUAGACACGGUUCGAACUGCAUUCACAACAGGCCAACAUCAAAAGCGAGGUGGGGGGAAGUACUGA